AUCCAGAGCUGGCAUUUAUACAACUCAGUAUUUACCUCUCUCAAUCUUCUCUCUGUCUCUCUCUCAAGUCUCAAUCGAUCGUCUCCAUUGAUGCUCUCACUGUGUGUUCUUGUUUCUCUCUUUCUUUUCUCUGCAAGUACUCAAUACAAAUUCUCUGAAAUAAUUGAUAUUUCCUCCUCGUUCAUGAUCACACCAACUAUAUUAGUUAAUUAGCUUUUAAUUUCAGUCUCUCUCUCUCUCUCUAUAUAUAUCCCUUUUGUGUCUCUAUUAUUCUUCUGUAUAUAAUUAAUUUCUUCACUGGACCAUCCCUUUCUUUGCCGUAUAUCUUGCCUUUUAAGUACUCUUUUCGCUUCCUUCAUUUUCCUUUCUUCUUCUUCUCUUCUCUCUCUCUCUCUCUCUCUCUCUCUUUGAGCAACUCCACUUUCGUUUUUGAGAGCAUGCCUGAAUGUCCAGAGAAAGGGAGAGAUUUGAUGAGAUAGGAAAGAAGAUCAAGAGAGAAGCAGAUGCCUCUUCUCAUAUGGGAAGAAGACACAUGUUGGGUCCUCCUGGAACCCUAAAUACUAUUACACCUUGUGCAGCCUGUAAACUCUUGAGACGUAGAUGUGCACAAGAAUGUCCUUUUUCUCCCUAUUUCUCCCCUCAUGAACCCCAAAAGUUUGCUUCUGUUCACAAAGUAUUUGGUGCCAGCAACGUCUCCAAGAUGCUCAUGGAGGUGCCGGAGAACCAAAGAGCGGAUGCCGCAAAUAGUCUUGUUUAUGAGGCUAAUGUGAGGCUAAGAGACCCAGUAUAUGGGUGCAUGGGUGCAAUUUCAGCUUUGCAACAACAAGUUCAAUCGUUACAAGUGGAACUCAAUGCAGUAAGGGGUGAGAUAUUGAAAUACAAAUUUAGAGAAGCUAAUAUUAUACCAUCAUCUCAUGUAACUUUGCUCUCUUCUGGGGCUGUUUCCGUUGCUGCUCCACCAGCACCACAACCACCGUCAGCUCCAUCUCCAUCUCCACCACCACCUCCACCUCCAGCUCCUUCUCUUCCUUCUACUUCCUGUACUUCUUCCAUGUAUCCACAACCAUCCAAUGUUGCAGAUUAUAGCUCCAUUUCAAGUGAAAACGUUUCCUACUUUGGUUAACAUAUUUCUAGCUUAAGAAUUUCUAUCCCAUUUAUUUUUCUAUAUAACGACAGAACUGGAAUAAAACGAGGAAGAGGAUACAUUAUUAUUGGAU